AUGGAUGAUAAUCACUUUGAUCGUAUUGUGAGAUUCACAAGUACAAAAGAAGCAUGGGAGCAUAUUCAAUCUGAGUAUUAUGGAUCUUCUCGAAUUGUUUCUAUUAAAGGGCUUGGCUAUGAGUUGGAAGAGAAGGAAGUUGUCUCCAAGGUGAUGAGAAGCUUAACCAUCAAGUAUGAUAAUGUGGUUACUUCUAUAGAAGAAGCUAGAGAUGUUGAUAAAUUGUCCUUAAAUGAGCUGAGUGGCAGUCUGCAAGCAUAUGAAGCAAGGCUUAACAGAUUUGUAGAUCAACCAACAAACAAAGUUCUUUAUGUGAAGGGAGAGGCAUCUACAAGCAGUGGGAGUCCUCUAGAGAGUGAAGAUUGGUCAUCUGACUUUUAUAGAGGAAGAGGGUAUGCAAGAGGCAGAGGUAGAGGUUUCAGAGGUAGAGGAAGAGGAUAUGAUGCUGGUGGAAGAGGAGGUAUGAAUAAUACAAAAGGUACUUUUGAUGUUCCAAGAGGAUAUAGUUGUGAUUCCCAGAGUUAUGCUCAACUAGAACAACAGUAUGGAAGAGGUGGUCAAAGGCAAUCUCAUAGAACAACAACUAAUCAAAGAGGUGGAAGAGGUUCUUAUCAAGGUGUUCAGUGCUUCCAUUGUGGGAAAUAUGGUCAUAUCAAAGCUUAUUGUUGGUCACUAAACAGAGUUCAAGAGCAAAAUAUUAAUACUGAAGAGAGUCAACAAUCAAGUGAUACUGGUAGCUUGUUUAUGGUUCAUGAUGCUACUAUGAAAACUGAUCAAGAAAAUUCAGCUAUUUGGCUUCUAGAUAGUGGAUGCUCUCAUCAUAUGACAGGCAAGAAAGCUCUCGUUACUAAGUUGGAUGAAUCCUUGUGCCAUAUAGUGAAAUUGGUUGAUGAUCAGGAGGUGAAAGUUAAUGGGGAAAGGAUCUGUUGCUAUUACUCUUCAAAAUGGAGAAAAGAAAUUCAUUCAUGA